AGUAAUCCUCCAGUAUAUGGAGGAGACAGCAGCUGGGCCCACACUAGGAGAUUGUUCAUAAAUCAUACCCCUGAAGAUCCCCGGUCCAGGCCCGAUCGCACGAGGUUACUCCGGGUAGGAGAUCCGAGACCAGAUCCCCCUUGCCUCUAAUACUAGUACUAAUCAUCAAUUAUCAAUCUAUCUGCUCACGACUCCGUAAGAACUGCGGAAGAACUUCCGAGCAAGCAGUACUCGGUAAGUGGAGCUGGUCUCCGAUGCGCCGGGAAGAUCCAUGGAGUUCUCAGCCGUCAUGCCGUAAUCGAGCCACCGCGACGUCAUUAUUGGAGUAGGGAAUGCGACGUCCGGCGCUUUUCUCUCCCCAGGACCCGUCUUCUUCGUCCCCUCUCCAUUCGGCGCUCAAGUCCCCACUGCCUAGUGACUUCCUUCUCUGCAGAAGCGCACCCCAAUCUUGUCCACCGCAAUUCGUUCGGAAUCGAGACACCCAUCAUGGUCUCUACGCGACACCAUCCGCGCGAUUUCCCGCCGCCCUCGACUGCGAGGGCAUCGUCGCCUCCUUCUUCGCCGUCCGCCAGUGCCAAUGGGAACGGCAAAAAAUGGGUGCACACGCCGUCCGCGGCCGUGACCCUUUGGCUCCUUGUCUCGGUCCCCUUGGUCAUCUGGGAUGCCGGGUACGUUCUGUUGCGCCCGCAUAGCAUGCCGGGGAACAAGCUGCAUUCGCCGAUCUGGACGCCGUAUGCGCUCUACGGCACAAUCGAUUAUAUCUAUGGCUGGCCGGCUUUCAACGCCCGCAACGGCUUUACCGCCGCACAGAGCGUCUUGAAUGUCCUCGAGACCAUCGGAUAUAUCUACUACCUCGUGACGGUGUAUCGGCAUGGAAGUUCGGCAACCGCCAGCGGUCGCGCAUCGCAGCGCAAGACCAAGAAGGGUCUGUUGUGGCUGUUCAAGGACGAGAAGGUGCUUCCUGGGCGCACGGGAGCAAAUGCGCUGCUGGUUGCGUAUAGCGCGUCGGUGAUGACCCUCGGCAAGACCCUUCUUUAUUGGCUGAAUGAGUUUUUCUCUGGUUUCGAGAACAUCGGGCAUAACGAUGCGGUCACCUUGAUCUUCCUGUGGAUUAUCCCCAAUGGACUCUGGAUUGUGUUUCCGGCAUAUAACCUCCACGUCCUCGGCGAAGAGAUCGUAUCCUCGCUUGACGGUCUAGCACCGCGCCAGCGACCUGGACGGCCCAAGUCAUCAUAAGAGAAUGUGAGAGAAUCAAGAGGGAUGAGGGUGAAGGGGUCGUAGGAGACCCGGGGUAACAAGAAAGGUGUAUGAUACAAGCUGUGCUGGUAGGACAGGUCAUCGAUAGACUGGCCGGUCCGGACUAUACGAAGUGUGCUAUAGUUUCUUGAAUACCAUAUGAUAGGAAUAGUAGGUAAUGGUUGC